GCGAUUCCAGCCUUUUGAGUUGCAACCAUGAAGGCUAGUUGGGGGUUCCCAACGAAUGAAAUACAAGGGUAUAACUUGUAAUUUCAGCAAAGAACCCCUUGGAUUCUGUAAACUGGACGUGGCACAGAAUUAAUAUUUUGGUUGCAGCCCAACAGAAUGUCCAAGAUCAGGCGGAAGGUAACAGUGGAGAAUUCUAAGACCAUAUCUGACAGCAGCAGCACCACCAUCCCCUCUCGCCGGCCCAGCGUGUUUGAGAGACUAGGACCUAGUACUGGAAGUAAUGCGGCCGAGACACACUGUAGAAAUUGGCUAAAGACUGGAAACUGCAGUUACGGCAACACUUGUCGCUACACACAUGGAACUCAGCCACGAGGCAAAGGAUUCAGCGGAACUUACAGAAGGUCAUCAGAACGACCCACAGGUGAUCUCAGAGAGAGGAUGAAGAACAAGAGACAGGAUGUUGAAUCUGAUGCCCAACAGAGAGACCUAGAAGAGCCCACAUCCCCUACAAGACAGAGAGACUCCUCUCGAGGCCGUCACCGGGAGAAAGAGGAUAUAAAGAUCACAAAAGAACGAACUCCUGCUAGCGAGGAAGAGCAGGCUGAGUGGGACGCCAAUCGUGAAGACUCGGAUAACGGUGACUACGACUACGAGUUGUCUCUGGAAAUGAAGAGACAGAAGAUUCAGCGCGAGCUAAUGAAGCUAGAGCAAGAGAACAUGGAGAAACGGGAGGAGAUUGUCAUCAAGAAGGAGGAACAACCCAAUAAGAACAGGACUAGUAGCCUAGCAAAGAUAUCUCCUGAGCCUGCAAGUUCAAAAGGGUCCCCUUCAUCUAGGAAGUCCAGUGGAUCUCCCAAAAACAAAACUGGUACCAAAUCUUCAGGUUCAGGCAAGAAGGAGAAGAAGGCCUCUGUCAUUUCCUCUCCAGUGUCAGACCAGGCCAGACCCUCCAAGACGGCUCACAGCAAGAAGAAAGGCCCUCGCACUCCCAGCCCCCCUCCGCCCGCCCCUGCCGAAAACCCAGUCGUGGGGAAGAAGCACAAAGGCAAGCACAAGAAUAAGGACAAAUCGGAGGAGAAGCCCAAAGAGGGCAAGGAGAGGGGGAGGGACACAGAGAAGCACAAAGAGAAGAAGGAGAAACGCAGGGACCGCUCAGAGAGCUCUCACAAGCCCAAGAGGUCUGUGACCCCAGAGGAGCGUUCAGGCAGUGCAUCCUCCCCUUCCAGAGAGGUUUCCCCCUCCCCCAGACUGGCCUCCCAAAAACCCUCCUCUCUCACCUCUCCACCGCCAAGGUCCCCGACGCCGCCUCGGCACCACCGCACUCCCACGCCCCCCCGCCACCACUCCCCCUCCUCUCACUCUGGGUCCUCCACCCUGAGGCACUCGGCCUCCCCGCGCCACCGCCACUCCGCCUCCCCGGCGUACCUGCGGGAGCCGGCCUCCUCCCCCACCCAGAGGCCUUCCCGCUCCCCCGCGGCGCCCCGCCCAUCCUCCCCGCCCCACCGCCGGCCCAGCCCGAGCCGGCACCACUCCCAGGGGCGGGAGAGAGGAGGGGCUGAGAGAGAGAGGACUCCGCCCCUGCACGAGCGCCGGCUGGAGCGUAGAGAUGAGAGCCGUGGGAAGCGGGAGAAGGACAGCAGGGACGAGCGGGACUACGAGGCCGAGCAGGGCUCCUCCCGCCAGUCCCGCGAGGACAGGGACGCGAGGGAGGGCCGCGAGCGGAGGGAGGCGCGAGAGCGGCGGGACGGCAGGGACUCCCGCGAGCGGCGGGCGGAGACGCGCUCCGGCCGGGACUCCCUGGAGUACAGGGACAGGGACCGCGACAGAGACCGCGACCGGGACAGGGACAGGGCGGACACCCACAGGAAGGAGGAGCCCCCCCAGGAGGAGCGGAGCUACGGCAGAGGCCACGCCCGGGAAGAGAGCGGGCGGGCGGAAGGGAGGGGCGAGCUGCGGGCGGAGUCCAGGACCGAGCCCCGUGCAGACAGACCGGGCAGAGGGAGGGAUCGGGGCACCGAGGUGGCUGACAAAGGGGCUCGGGGAUCCAGAGGCUCUCAGCUGGAUAGCGGCAGCGGCAGCAGCAGCGGCAACUUGCACGACAACUGGGAGUCCCGCGGGAACUACGCCGAGAGGAGCUCGGAGAGAGGGGCCGACCGCGAGCGCUACGACGGAGACCGGCGGGGGGAGCAGGGCAGGGACUCGUCGUACGACCGGCGAGGGGGGCACGCGGAGCGCGACCGCAGAGAGAACAGAGACAGAGACCAGAGGGCGUCCUCUCCAGCCAGGCACCAGGGGCGAGGGGACGACCCCGACCGAGAGGAGAGGAGGGAGGAGCGCAGAGAGGACCGCAGGGCAGACCGAGGGGAAGACCGGCGAGAGGACCGGGCCCGGGAGCGGGAGAGAGAGAGGGAGCGGGAGAGGGAGCGGGAGAGAGAGAAGGACAAGGAGCGAGAGCGGGAGAAAGAGAGGGAGGCGGAGCGGGAGCGCGUCAGAGAGAGGGACCGGGAGCGCGAGAGGGAGAGAGACAGGGAGCGGGAGAGAGAGCGGGAGAGGGAGGAGAGGGAGAGGGAGCGCGAGGAGAGAGAGAGGGAGCGGGAGGAGAGGGAGAGAGAGCGGGAACGGGAGAGGAAGGAGCGCGAGCGAGAGAGGGAGCAGAGAGAGAGGGAGAGGCAGAGAGACUGGGAGGAACGAGAGAAAGGGAGGGAGGAGAGACGGGACCGCAGGGACGACCCCAGAGACGAGCGCUCUGUCCGAGACUCCCAUGAAGACAGGAAGAGCAGUCGGAAGAGACACCGCGUGGACAGCAGUCCGAGCCCGCGGCCGUCCCCCAAGAGAGCCCGGGAUGCCAGCCCGCCCGACAGCGACGGCUACAACAGCACAGAGGAGAAAAGAAGUGAGAAACACAGGCUCCUGAGUCAGGUGGUGCGCCCUCAGGAGUCUCUGCGGUCUCCGCCCCGCCCUGCCGCAGAGGACAAAUCGGCCCGAUGGAAGGAUGAGGAGCGCAGGGUGGAGAAGAAGGACGGGGGCGGGGGCAGGAGUCGGCACGAGGAAGCCGAAACUCGAGGGGGCAGGGGCGGGGAACGGAGAGGCGGAGAGCAUAUUUCGGACAGCUCCGCCGUGGCUGGGGGGUCGGACUCCCGGAGGGGCAAAGAGAGACAGGACACAACCCCUCCCGCCGCAGCCCCCGUGGUAGAGGAGAAGGUCACGGCAGCGGUGGUGGUGGGGGUCCACGAGGAGGGCAAGAAGAAGACCAAGUCCCAGAAGAAGGGCCUGAAGAAGAACCGCAGGGAGGAGGACAGCGCCGGCGCCGGCCCCGGCCCCGGCCCCGAAAGGGUUAACCCCGAGCCGCCCAGCGCGGCCGCCCCCGACCCCCCGCCGCUGCUUUCGCCCCGCAAGACCACCAAGAAGAAGGCGCUGGAGAAGAAACGCAAGCGCUCCCGGGGGGGCGAGUCGGACAUCUCCGAGGAGGAGGCGCACCACCACCAGCCCAGCAAGAGGAAGCGUGGCCCCAGGACCCCCCCCACCCUGCUGUCCCACUCCCCCACCCAGAAGCCCCCGGUGGCGGAGCCGUCCGCCCAGCAGCAGCCAGCCAAAGCCGACGCCGCCUUCAGCGACUGGUCCGAUGAGGAGGUCCCCGAGCGCGGGGAGACCGCCCCCCCGGCCCCCGUGGAGAAGGCCCGGGCCGAGGGGGCGAGGAGGGGGCUGAAAGGGGGCAAGGACAGGCCGGAGUCCGGCAUCGCGCCGCUGCUGUCCCAGGAGCCGCCCAUGCUGAUGCUGCAGCAGCAGCAGCAGCUCCCCCUGCAGCCGCUCAUGCCGCAGCACCUCCUGCGCAAGGCGCCGUCCGAGCAGAAGCGCAGCAGCAGCCUGGGCAGCAACCAGAGCCGCGCCUCGUCCCGCCGCCUGCGCUCGCCCUCCAGCGAGUCCACGCACCGCGCCGGCGGGGCCGACGACCAGCAGGGGGCGCACUCCCGCAGGGGCCGGCCUCAGGGCGCGAGCUCCCGCGACAGGGGGCGGGACCGGGAGCGGGACAGGGAGAGGGAGCGCGACAGAGCGCCGGUGGUGGAGCCCACAGAGAGGAGGUCCCGCAUCGACCAGCUGAAGAGAGGGGAGCCCAGCCGUAGCACCUCCUCCGACCGGCAGGACUCGCGCAGCCACAGCUCGCGCCGCAGCUCGCCGGAGUCCGAGCGGCAGGCCCGGUCCCGCGCCGGCUCCUACGACAGCCGCGAGAGGGAGCGGGACCGCGAGAGGGAGCGCGAGAGGGAGCGCAAGGAGCUGCGGCAGCCGCGCGACUGGGAGCGCGGCGAGCCCGACGCCCGCGACUGGGCCGGCCGCGCCCGGGACCCGCCGCCGCCGCUGCUGCGGGCCGGCAGGGACGCCCUGCGCGAGCGGGAGCUGAGGGAGCUGCGCAAGCGGGAGGCCGAGCUGGAGAGGGACAACCGGCACCUGGCCGAGAGCCUGCUGCACGAGCGCGACAGGGAGCGCGAGCGCGACAGGCUGCUGCUGCUGCCGCUCGACCUGCCGCCGCACGCCGACGCCAAGGCCCGCGGCGAGCUCAAGCCCGACCGGGGCGAGCUGGAGCCCCUGCUGCUGCCCCGCGAGCCCGUCUCCGUGGAGACGGACAGGGCCGCGGACAGCCUGCACUCUCUGGAGGAGGCGUGCGAGGCGGAGAGGCAGGACAGCGUGGACGAGGAGGAUGAUGGGAAGGUGGAGGAUGCGCAGUCCGCCGUGUCGGGAGGCGAGGAGUAUGAGCCCAUCAGCGAUGAUGAGCUGGACGAGAUCCUGGCUGACAGCGCACAGAAGAGGGAGGACCAGCAGGAGGAGGAGAAGAUCCCAGGGCCGUUGGAUGUGAUAGACGUGGACUGGUCCAGCCUCAUGCCCAAGCAGAAGACUGAGCCGCGGGAGGCAGGGGCGGCUCUGCUGAAGUUCACCCCAGGGGCCGUCCUGCUGAGGACGGGCGUGUCCCGCCGCCUGGCGGGCCCCCAGCUCCUCGCCAGGGUGAAGGAUACCUGCCAGCGUGAGCUGCAGGAUCCCAAAGAUGCUGACAAGCUGUUUGAGCACGACCUGGGGGCUCUGAACAUGGCUGCCCUGAAGAGGAGGGAGGAGAGGGCAGGGCUGCUGCGAAACCUAGGCCCCUGCUGCAAGGCCCUGUGCGCCCGCAGAGACAUCGCCAUCCGCAGACAGCUGCUCAGGAACGACAAGGGCACCACCAAGCAUAUGUACACGGGCGCCCCGGUGGUAGACACAGAACUGCUGCAGCUGAGCGUGCGCCUGCUGAAGAAGAAGAUGACGCCGUGCCAGCCCCAGAGCCAGGAGAAGGCCGAGGCGGGCGUCCCCCUGUCCGAGCCCGUCGUGCAGCCCGAAGUGUGCGUCCCCUGAGAGUACUGUUCGGUGUGCGCACGCUCGCACGUAACGCAAUGCUCUGAUCCAGGAUCACGUAACCCUGUCCCUCAUCCAAACUCCAGUCAUGUUGUUCAAAACCUGAGACUGAUUCAGGGUCUUUGUUUGGAGGGUGUAUUCCAUAUACAAGCAUGACAUGUACCAUAGAGACUGCUGGAUGUGCUAGCCUAUGGCAAAAAAAAAAAGGUCCUGUCAAUUGAACUUGAUGAGAAAAUUGACACAGAGCAAUGAGAUACUGUAUUAAUGACUCUCGUUUUUUAUUAGAGCAGCAUGUUUUGUUUUUUAAUGUUCAAAUUCUCUUUAUAACGUGUUGUACCCGAAUUCAGUUUUGUUGUGCACCAGUUAGUAAAACUAAGCCUUACAAUUGGUCACUCUUCAUUUUGGGUGAGAUUUAUUCCUGCUUUGAAUUAAUUUUAACUUGUAGCUGUAUCAAAGUUGUGGAAGUACAAGAAAUGGAAGAAAUAUACUGUCUCCUAUUUCUCUUUGCAGAUGAGCAUUUUGCUGGGUAUGAAAUUUUAAUCAGUGACCACAGAUUUUUUUUUUUUUUUUUUUAGCACCUUAGGAUUUCUUACUCGAAUGAUAAAUUAUGUUUCCUUUUAAAGGAACAGUCACCCUCUCUACAUGUAGAGCAGCUGUGUGUGAAAGCUUUGGUCUCAUGGUUUUAUUUGUCCCAACAUGCUUCUUGAGCAGAUUUUAAUCUAAAGCAAUGAGUUAGUUCUGCAAAAAAAGAAGCUUUGCCAAAUGAAUGUGUGCUUCCCCUAUUCAUUCUGAACUGAAUUCAUUCUC